AUGAAAGAACAAGAAAAUGAGAUUAAAUCAGAGAGUGGAAGCCCGAAAAGACCGGCAUCAAAUAGUGAACAGUUGGAGAACGCGCGUCUCCUUUGCUCGUUUCCCCUCAAAAAUGAGUUCGAGGAUAAAAAGAGCCGUGUCACUUCUCAAACUUUUCUCGAGCUUUCCGCUCUGUCAGCGACGGGGUUUUUCGAUGGAAGUGUUCGUGUAACCGUUCCACUUAUUCAAAAAGACGUGGAAGGACAAUGGGAGAUCAAUCAUCGAUCAUAUUUGAUACGCGGUGAUGCAGAAAGAAGUCCGGUACUUGAUGCGAUGAUAAAUCCGGUGGAAACCUGUUGGGUGGUGGUGACGAGAUAUCGGCCUCUAAAAGACGAUAUCGUCAUCUCUGCCUAUGAUUUGGCGUCACAAAAUGAGGAAACGCAAGAAACGAAGCUUCUCUUCUCAGUUGUGACAAAAGAAAAACACGUUGGAACAACUUGGUUUUAUGACAAUCCGGACAUGCUCCUAUUGGUGACAUCAAGAACGAUUCGGCUCUUUGAGAUCAGUGCUUCGUCGACACCGAUUGGGAUUCUGUAUGUCGUGAAUUGCGAGUUGAAAGCGAUUUGUGCAAAUCUUCAUCGUCCAACAGCGUUCGCUUGUCUCACCACCGAUUCGGUGCUGAUUUUCGAUCGAAGGCUUCUCUGGUGUCCCAUAUCAAUUGUCAAUAUUAGUCCACAAUGCCAACACCCAUUGAGCACGUCGUUCCGAAUCCGUUUCAAUCCGAUGCGAGCCGAUGAGCUGGUCGUCUAUGUUGAAGGAGCCGAAGCAAUGGCUCGCGUCUUUAUCUCAUCACCCGGAGAUCUUCACUUUUUGACAAAAUCGCCUCAUCGCUUACGCACUGGAGGCAGUUACGUUGAGCUAUCAACUUUGGGUUUGAGUGAGUCGAAUGUCACUCAAGAAAUCAUUGAGAGGAGGACAAGUUUUGUUCCUAAUGGAUCCCUUGGCGAACCAAAACUGCUCCCAAGCUUCGAAGAUUUGAGCGAUGAUGAAAAAGAGACGGCUUUCUGUUGGGGGGAAGCAAGAGCCAGCGAA